AAUGGCGCAUAUGAGAGGAACAAAUCAUGAAAAGGAGAAGCACGAUGAUGAAAAUUCAAAAAUAUUAUUGAAAGAACGAUAUAAUCUUCUCAAAUGGUUAACCAAUGUGGAAAUGCGUAGUCCAAAUGUUUUAAUUCCAGUGCAAAUUGCGAAUUAUGUGGAAUCUCUGCCUUUCUGUAAAUUAGCUGUUUCGCCAAAAUGUGAUCGAGUAGCGGUAAUGAGCUAUGCCCGUCAACUGGAUAUUUAUCAAAUAAGCGGAGAAAUUCUGACUCAUGAAUCAAGUGUUCAAGUUCUUGAAGAAACAUCUCCAGAAUACUGUAUACUUCAAUUUUCCUCAUCAAGUACUCUGAUAUUAUCAUCCAGAAGUACACCGCAUAUUGAUGUAUUUGAUAGUAUGGGUGCAUAUCUCUAUGAUAUUCCUCUAGAACUGCAUGAGGGAAUAUUCGAUGUAAAUUCGGCUAUUUGUGGAAUGCAAACAUUUGAAAAUUAUUCAAGUUCUUCGAAUGAUAAAUUCAUCGAAAUUCUCUACGUAUUGCAAUAUUCUGGAGUGUUUUCAGCUUUCAAAAUUGGAAGACUAUCAAAAUACGUGAAAAUGUGGACUGUUCAACUGGAUAUUGGACAAACAGGAUCAUUUACAGUAUUACCACAAUAUAAUCUUCUGCUAGUUGCAUCUCAUCACAAAGAAUCAACAUCAUUAGUUCCACCAGCUGGUUUAUGCUCAUUUCGAAUGAUGGAUAUGGAUCCAUUUGUUGAACCAAUCAGAAUAUCAACUCCUGAUGGUGGAUUCUUUUCACGUCUUCCAUUCUCUACAUCAUUCAUGUCAUAUCUUCCGAGAAUGUCCUUGUCAUUUGAUUCUCAAUUACUUGUAUCUGUAUCUACUUCUGGAUCAUUGUAUCUAUUCGAAAUUCCAUCUCUUCACGUUAAAUUCUCUUUUAAUUUCAUUAGUGGACCUCGUCCUGUGGACGCAUGUUUUGUUGAUAGUGAUGAAAUUGCAGUAAUCUACGAUAAUGGAUAUCUCCUCAGAUGUUCAUUGGAAGAUUUGGAAGAGAAAAUGUAUUCAGUGAAAAUGAGAUCAAAAAAAGAAAUUGACGAGGAACCAGAACUCAAGGACUUUUAUAGUGAACAAACAGUUAUGGUAUCACCUGCACAACGUGAAAUAUUCUUGCUCACUGCUGACGGUGACAACUCUUUUCUUCGUAAAGCAGCUCAUAAACGUGUUCAACUUGCUGGUCAAUUGUGGUUCUACACAGUUUGGAACUCGCUGAAAAAGCUCGUUGGAAUGGCGAUGGGUGAGCCCGCUGAGCAACUUCAUUUUGAGACUCAUAUAGCGAAAUUCGAAUUUUCGUUGAUACACUCUCCAACUAGGACUUUGCAAGAAUUGUUCGAUAGAACACUGAAGGAACAUGAUUACACGAGAGCAAGAGAGCUAGCAGAAACCUACGAUACAAUUGAUAUAUAUGUUGUUCUUAAAUCGGAAUGGAUUGAUAAAUGCUCCAAAAACAAAGUGACAGUUGAAGAUGUUGAAGAUAUUCUAAAACGAAUCGGAGAUUCUGAAUGGGCUGCUGAACAGUGUGCAAGUGCAGAUUCAGAUGACUUUGAAGUUCACAAGGCACUUAUUGAUCUCGGUUUAUCACUGGGAGAGUCUAGUGUGACAUGGCAAAUCCGGUUACUUCAUCACUGGAGAAUGUUGGAAGUUUGUAGAAUCAAAGGAGACGUUGAUAUUUAUAUGAUGGCUAGAAAUGGAAGUUGUUUGGAUGCGGCAUUGACAUUUGCACAUAACGGAGACAUUGAUUCGUUGACACGAAUAAUUGAAUCAAACAUGGCAGUUAUGAAGCAUCAUCAGAAACGUAUUCUCUCAGCAAUUCCAACAUGUACUUCACCUACAAAAUAUGAGAUUCUGAUGCCAAAACGAGAAGACGGAGAAACAGAGGAACAAUGGGAACUUGAAGAACAAAAUGAUGGAAUUUAUGAACGAUUGGAUAAAAUUUUAAUGGAACAUCCUGAUGCUGAAUCUUUAAUUAGAAGUAUAAAUGUUGGAAAUAUUCCGAAUGAAGAAACAUUUGAUUUCACUUCAUGGGUAAGAGAAACUCUACCGAAGAUUGAUUUUGAAUGUGGAAUGACUGAUAUUUGUGUUAAUUUACUUCAAAUAGCAUAUGAAAGAGGAUAUGAAGAUCUCAUUCAUGAUCUCGCGACGUGGCAACCAUACGCACAAUAUAUUCGAAUUUGUUCGUCUGUCAGCGAAAGCAUAACUUCGUUUCAAGAUUCCACGAUGAAGUCAUUUACGGAUCGGUUUUCGAGACUUCUAGAUUCGGAGCUUAUCAAAAAUGCAAAAGACAUUGUUUCAUUGAUCGAAUGGAAAAUAAAAAUGACAUCCAGUGAUAGUGAAGAAAGUAUAGAAGAUCGAUUACGUGAUGCAGUGACAACAUUGAUGAAAGCUACAAAUGAACGAACGACGAAAGUAUUAGUGGCAUUUAGGAAUGAACUUCCGAGUGUAGUGGAUGAUCAUGUAAUUCUAGAAGUUCUUCUUAACAUGACAUCAACUGGCGCUGAUCUUAUGAAAUCUCUUGGUGAUCUUCCAGUUGAUAAAUAUGUGAACGUCACUUCUUCGUUAGGAUCAUUGAUGUCCAGGGGUGUCAAAAUGACUUUCAAGUCGAUUUUCGAAAGCAUGAAAGAACCUGAUGGUGCAAGAAGAGUCCUUAUCAAACUAUCCCGAUCUGGAAAUUGUUCUAAUUUUGAUGACUGGAUGUCACUACGAGAUGAUAUUUAUGAUAUGGCCAAUGGAAUUUAUGAAGAUUUGGUGACCACAGAGGAGGCUCUGGAAAUAUUUGCAGGAGAGAUCCUAGAGGAAGAGCGAAUUGGAAGUCAUCCCGAACUCAUGGAACUUGUGCUAACACUGAAUCCGAAAGAAGACAAUAGUAAUCCUAGAAAGCUGAGUAUUGCUAAAAGCGCAGAUGUUCUUCUUUCGAAAAGUGACGAGUUGAUGAAUGAAGCUACUCAGAGAGGUGAUCCUCUUCUUGGUAGAUCGAGAUUCUUCGCAGUCGCUGCAAGGCCGAUAUCGCCGAAAAAGUCGAAAGAAAAGCUGGAUUGGUUGGAUGCAAUUGAUGCAGCUCUUGAACUCGGAUGCACCAUGAUGCCUAUUGCAAUCAAAUUUUGCGAGCAUGACUCUCUUCUACGAGAUGUUGUCGGACUGGGAUCAAACUACAAACAAGGAAAGAAGAUUCUAAGCUUCGCAAAACAACUCAACAUUGACACACCAAUAGCCACUGCUCUUUCAUAUUGUGCUCUUGCUGCACUCAAUGCAAAUGAUGCCGUCUAUCUGAGCAAGUACAUUGGAGAAGUUAUGAAAGCAAAAGGAGUUCCAGUUGUCCACAAGCUUUGUAUGCAAAUUAUGAACUCAUCCCAUGUUCCAACUGAUAUGGAGGAUGUCUAUUCAUGUGCUGUUCUGAAUUCGAGUGAGGAAAAUCUAUUGGAUACUGUUGAUGCAAUUGCAUCAAGUGAAAAACGAUUGAGUGAAUCACGACGAUGUCGAGAAAUUCGAUUAGAUGAUAUUCCAGUGUCUGAAGCUGUGGUUGGAGAUCCAAUGUACACACCAAUGAGGCUCUAUAACGCAAGAAAGGAGAUUAGUGGUGACGUGAAACAAAAAAUAACUUUUUAUGGGAAACGAAAUUUAUGGGAAACGAAUUAUGGGAAACGAGAAGGAUUUGAUGUUAUGAAACGGCUGUAUGCACAUGAGUCGUCUACAGUCGCCCUAUGCUUCUCUCUGUUCGAACCAGCUGAAAAUGUGGAAACGGGAGAGCUCAGUUGGACGAAAAAUGAUAAACUUAGGCGAUAUGAGCGUGGUCUACGAUUUUUCCAGGACCGAGUUCCACUUUCUGAUCUUGUCACUGCUCCUGCGUCCGCUAUUAUCAAUGAAGCGAACAAAGGAGAUGCUUCAAUCACUGCCAUUGAUCGAAUUGAGGAUUACGGCUGUGAUAGAAGACGGUUCAUCGGAGAUGCGGAAUAUCGAACUGAGACGAUCAUAGGACUUGCUGGAACUGAAAACGAGCAGAUUUUUGCUGAUGCUCUAGAAUUAGCUGAAAAAUACGAAAUCGACGAAUGGAAAUUACAUAUGGCAUCUCUUGAAUAUCUGCUAGAUCCAUCAUAUAAUGUACCAAUAAUUGAUGUCAAACAAAUUAUGAAAAGUCGAAAACAUCUAUCCAAAUUGCGAACUAAACUCGACGAAUUCCAUUCUCGACUUCGUUCCAUGGUACUUCCUUCCCUGGAAACAAAUGAACAAUUUCUGUCCUACAUCUCAUUGUUUGCUGACGCGGAACCCGAGAAGAAACUUGGUGACACUAUCAAAAAGAUUAUUUCAAAAAUGAAAAAUGUGGAAGCAAUCCGGCUGUGGACUGAUGCUAAAUAUCUUUCCUCGACUCUGAACAAGAUUCCCGAUGGAAAUCUUCGAGCAAUCAUAUCGUCUGUUUUACAAUUUCCAAAGAUUGGAGUUAAAGCGUGUGAAAUGUCCGCAGAAUUUUUAUUGGAAGGAGAUGAUACAAGACCUCCAUCCAAUCCAUUUACAUUGUUUUUGUUGAUGAGAAGCAAUAUUGAAGAUUUUCUCGAAUUGGUGGCUAAUAAGAAAUCGAGAGACGAUGAAAUCGCCUACCUGGAUCAAGCAGUGAUUCUUCUCGAAAACACACCAAAAGUCCCACCGCUUCUCCUUGAUGCCAUUAAAAUGCGAUCUGAAAAAAUGCAUCGAGCUACAGUAACCCCAGAACCAGCUACUCCGUCUAAUGGCUCUAGCACCGGACUCUCUUCAUACUUUUCUAAUACGGAAGAUAAUAGUGGAAUGAUGAAAAGAAGAAAGAAUUAAUCAAAUUAUGUGAUUCUAUGACUAUUCUGAAUAGAAAAUUUUGUUUUUUUAGUAAUUUAUGGGUUUGAUCUGGUCGAGUUUUUUUGUUUAUCAAUUAUAAUUAAUUGAAUCUGCUGGUAUACAUAUAGCUAAAUAUUUAUUGCAUUGUGUUUUAGAUGCUUUUCCAUGCUUUCUGCUUUUCUACAAAUAAAAUUAAUUUU